AUGGAAAGGAGCAGGGAGCAACUGAAGGAAGGAGAUGAAGGCUGGGUUAGAGAGAGAAAGUUAGAGAGAGGUGGGAGCAUUUUUCAGAACUCCGUAAAUGGUUGUGGAAUGAAUGAAGUAGAAGAAUUUGGAAUAACACAAAAAGAUGGAACAUUCAUUCCACAAGUUACUUAUGAAAGAAAACCAAAAGAAGGGCAACAGUUUAAAUCUUUAGAUGAUGCUUAUGAUUUUUAUAACAAGUAUGCACGAGAAGCUGGUUUCAGUGUACGGAUUGAUAAGAGUAAGAAGCAUAAAGAAACUGGUGAAACGAUUUGGAAACAAUAUGUUUGUUAUAAAGAAGGAGAAACAGAUGAAACUUAUAGAAGAACAAAGAAAAAAGAAAAGCAGAUGGUGGAGACCAUUGGAGAUGGUGGUAAGAAAUUAGAAAGACAACGAGGAAAUGUACGCGAAGGUUGUAAAGCAAGGUUAAGUGUAGGAAGACGUGACGGGAAUUAUACAAUCAGACAAUUCAUUGAGAGCCACAAUCAUCCUCUUGCAACUCCAAGAAAAAUACACUUAUUGAGGUCACAUCGAAAUGUUUCAAAUGUGAAGAAACAACUGGCUCAACAAUUUGCAAGUGUAAAUGUGCCUACGUGUCAACAAUUUGAUAUCUUAGAGACGCAAGUAGGGGGUAUUGAAAAUGUUGGGUGUACAGAAAGAGAUCUUCGAAAUUAUGAACGAGAUAUGAGGGAGAAGUUUAAAGGUCACGAUGCAAAUAUGUUGAAUGAAUAUUUCUUAUCAAAACAAGAAAAGGAUCCAAAUUUUGUUUUUCAAAUUGACAAAGAUGAGGAUGAUAGAAUGACUAGGUGUUUUUGGGUUGACUUCAGUGCAAGGAGAGCAUACAAUUUUUUUAAUGAUGUGGUUGUGUUUGACACAACAUACAACACUAACCGUUAUGGGAUGAUAUUUGCUCCACUUACAGGGGUUAACCACCAUGGAAAAACAAUCAUUUUUGGAUGUGCCUUUUUAAAUGACGAGACCACUGAGUCUUUCAUUUGGCUAUUUAAGACUUGGCUUAAUGCAAUGCCAAAGGGUCCUCCAAAAGUUAUUAUUACUGACCAGGAUCCUGCAAUGACAAAGGCUAUAGCUCAAUUUCUUCCAGACACAUUUCAUCGGUAUUGUAUUUGGCACAUCUCAAAAAAAUUUGUAGAAAAAUUGGACUCAGUUGUAUUUCGAGAUUACUAUGACCUUUUUAAAUCAUCUUUAUGGAAUUCAGAUACAAUAGAAGAGUUUGAAGAAAGUUGGAACCACGCGCUUGAAAAAAGUAAACAACAAAAUAAUGAAUGGUUAAGAACAAUGUAUACAUUGCGUCAUAAGUGGGUUCCAGCAUUUACCAAUAAAUUCUUCUCUGCUGGUAUGACAAGCAGUCAAAGAGCUGAAAGUUCCCAUGCAUUCUUCAAGAGGUAUUGCUGUAAGGACAAUUCUUUAAUGGAUUUUAUUAUAGGAUUUAACAGGGCAGUUGGACAUCUACGACAUGAAGAGGUGAUUGAUGAUCAUGCUGAUAUUAAUGAACAGCCAAACUUGAAAUCCAUGGUGCCUAUGGAGAAGCAAAUGAUGGGUAUGUUUACAAAGGAAUACUUUCAUAAAUUUCAGAAAGAGCUUUAUGCUAGUAAUGCUUAUGUAUUAAAUAUUAUAUUGGAUGAUGAAAGUCAAUGUGUUUAUGAGGUCAAUAGGGUGCUUUAUGGAGAUCUUAAAGUUCGACAACUUGUGCACGAUAAGCUAAUUGAUAAUGUCAAGUGCAAUUGUCAACGUUUUGAAUUUGAAGGCAUCCCAUGCAAGCAUAUUCUAGCAUUUUUUAGAAUAAAGCAAGUUGUAUUUUUGCCAGAGCAAUAUAUUAAGAAUAGAUGGACAAAGUUUGCAAGAGUUGGAAGCAUUACUGGUAAAGAUGGUUUAGAGAUUAAAGAUGCACAAGAUAAGUCGGUUUUAGUGAGACGUACUAAGGUAUCUCAACUUGCAUCAGCUGUAAUUGAUGAAGCUGCAUUCUCAGAAGAAGGUACGGAACUGUUAAUAAACACGCUGGACACAUUUCAUGAACAACUGAAAGCCAUGAAUGCAAGUAAAAUUGGAGGAAAAAAUGCUUCAUCAUUAGAAAAGCAAUAUGACAUUCAUCUACAACAAACCUUUAAUGAUCCUCUUCAAGAUAGAGCAAAAGGAUGCGGUAAACGUUUGAGGUCAUGGAGAGAGACUAAAAAGACAAAUCGUAGACGUUGUCGUGGUUGUGGAGAACUUGGACAGUCACAUGACAAAAGAAAUUGUCCAACGCUUAUUAACAAGUCUACUAUAAACAAUGAGGAGAAUAUUUCUUAUGGGUCAGAACAUAUGGAUGAUGGAUCCGAGGUAGGAACACCAGAGCUAAAUUCCAGUGGGGAACCGGCUUUAAGCCUUGAACUUGAACCCUCCGCUUCUAGUGCUGAAGUUGAAGUUAUAAGAACAGUCCCGUGGUAG